AUGGUCAAGGAAAACAAUCUUGUUCGAAUUCUUCGUGCUUGCGAAACUAUGGGAAAUGCCACAGUCAUUUGCUCAGAUAAAACUGGUACACUAACACAGAACAAAAUGACUGUUGUUACAGGAACCUUCGGAAUGAGAGACACUUUUGAUCGCACCCCAGAAGCGGAGGGCGAGGGUCCAUCUACUGUUACUCAGAUGUUCAACGAAGCCUCUACUGCUGCUCGGGACCUAGUAAUGAAAGGCAUUGCUCUUAACUCUACUGCCUUCGAAGGCGAAGAGAACGGAGAGAAAACAUUCAUUGGAAGCAAAACAGAAGUGGCCAUGCUUCAUCUUGCCCAAAGAUACCUCGGAUUGAGCUUAACUGAGGAACGUGCCAGUGCCGAAAUCGUCCAGCUCAUUCCCUUUGAUUCCGCUCGCAAAUGCAUGGGAGUUGUUAUUCGUCAGUUAGACGGAACCUUCCGACUACUAGUCAAGGGUGCUGCCGAGAUCAUGCUCUACCAGUCAAGCCGAGUCAUUUCGGGACUCUCUACGCCGCAGCUUGAAUCCAAUGUUCUCUCAUCCAAGGCUAAAUCUGAAAUCCUUGAUAUUAUCAAUUCAUACGCGAAACGUUCCCUGAGAUCCAUCGGCAUGGUUUAUAAGGACUUUGAAUGUUGGCCACCGCAGGGUGCUAAAACUAUGGAAGAGGAUAAGUCAUGUGCUGAAUUUAACGACGUUUUCAACAACAUGACUUGGGUCGGUGUUGUUGGUAUUCAGGACCCCCUUCGAGACGAAGUUCCUGGCGCCAUACAUAAGUGUAACAAGGCUGGUGUCAGUGUGAAAAUGGUUACAGGUGACAACUUGACCACUGCUGUGGCAAUUGCAACGGAAUGUGGUAUCAAAACUCCUGAUGGUGUUGCAAUGGAAGGACCCAGGUUCAGACAACUUUCUGACGAGGAAAUGGAUCGUGUGCUUCCAAACUUGCAGGUUCUGGCCCGUUCCUCGCCUGAAGAUAAACGCAUCCUCGUCAGCCGCCUUAAACAUCUUGGAGAGACUGUGGCUGUGACAGGUGACGGUACCAACGAUGGUCCUGCACUUAAGGCUGCUGACGUUGGUUUCUCCAUGGGCAUUGCCGGAACCGAAGUUGCAAAGGAAGCCAGCUCCAUUAUCCUUUUGGAUGAUAAUUUCAAGUCUAUUGUGACCGCUAUCUCCUGGGGAAGAGCUGUAAACGAUGCUGUUGCAAAAUUUUUGCAGUUCCAAAUAACUGUCAACAUCACAGCUGUUGUGCUGACCUUCGUCUCAUCUCUCGCUAAUUCAAAGGGAGAGAGUGUUCUAAAUGCCGUUCAACUUCUUUGGGUUAACCUUAUCAUGGAUACUUUCGCUGCUCUCGCACUUGCUACCGAUGCUCCUACGGAAAAGAUUCUUGACCGCAAACCGUCUCCAAAGUCCGCUCCUCUUUUCACCACUACUAUGUGGAAGAUGAUAAUUGGACAAGCCAUCUACCAGCUCGUUGUGACGCUUGUACUCUAUUUUGCUGGAGCCAAAAUAUUUGGGUAUGAUCUCGAGAAUGACCCUAGCGGGCUUCUUGCUGGUCAAAUGGACACAAUCGUCUUCAACACCUUCGUUUGGAUGCAAAUCUUCAACGAGUUUAACAACCGUCGUCUUGACAACAAGUUCAAUAUCUUUGAGGGCAUGCUCAAGAACUAUUUCUUCUUGGGCAUCAAUGCCAUUAUGAUCGGUGGCCAAAUCAUGAUCAUUUUUGUUGGAGGUGCAGCUAUCGGUGUCAAAGCUCUCACAGGAGUGCAAUGGGCCAUUUGCAUCGGAGCCUCUUUGCCUUGUCUCCUAUGGGCCGUGAUCGUCCGCUGUCUCCCGGACAGACACUUCGAGGUCGUGAUGAACAUGGUCAUUAUCAGCUUCAACUUCUUCUGGAAGCCGGUUGCAAAGGCUUUCCGUGUUAUCUUCACCCCAAUAACCAAGGCUUUCCGUCGUGUUUUUGCACACAAAAAAGGUGAAGCUCAGACAGAAAAUCAGCAGGCUGAAGAGUUGAAUGAAACGACGCCACGAGAUGAAGAGACCGGUGACAUUGAGAAACAAGCAGAUACCACUUCUCCUUUCGUUGCUCCUCCUACCAUCGCCCCUCCGCCAAUAACCCUCACAGUACCCCCCAGUUAA